UGUCGCUGUCAUCACAGAUGUACCCCCAGCUGUCACUCCAUUGCUCCGUCUCUUUGCUUGCGCGCACACGCGUGCUCUCUCCUCCUCUCCCUUUCCUUCCCCUCUCCUCUCUGUCUCCCUCUGUCCCUCCCUCUUUCCUUCUCAGUUUGUUAUUGACCCAGCAGCCCCGUCCCCUUGGCAGCGGCGGCGGCAGCAUUCCUGCUCCCCCUUGCUGUCUGCUGCGUGCCAGGUCCCCCGCUCCCGGCGGACUGGGGACUGACACUGCCCACUGUGCUCUGCUUGGCAGUGCUGUCUGGACUUCUCCAGGAAUCCCAGGAGGGACUCACUGGAUGGCUCAGAGCUACUUGAUUUAAGGAGCUCGAGGUCAGGGUGAAAAAAGCUGCUGCAGCAUGAACCCCUGAGCUCUUAUUAUAGACCGGCAGGCGGAAGACAGUCCUGCGACUCACUCUCAGGCGAAGGUGGAGGGGAAGCAGGCAGCCUGCGGAGGGCCUGUGUGACCCAGCGGUGGGGUCUCCGGAGGGCCUGCUCUCUGCCUCCUCGGGGGCCAUGGACUGACAGGCAGCACAUACCAAGGGGCUCCCCUGUCCCCAGAGGUGCAGGGCUGCGAGAGCUGUGGCAUUCACCAUGCUGGCCCUGGGCAGUGGCCCUGAGCAGAGGAUCAGGCUGGUCCUGCAAUGGAGGCAGAUCUCCUGGAUCACCUGCUGGAUCACCCUGUGUGCAGUGGAGGCCCUCCCUGCCUGCCCUUUCUCCUGUAAGUGUGACACCCAAAGCCUGGAGGUGGAUUGCAGUGGCCUAGGCCUCACCACUGUGCCCCCCGACCUGCCCGUUGCCACCCGAACCCUCUUGCUCUUGAACAAUAAGCUAAGUGCCCUGCCAAGCUGGGCUUUCGCCAACCUGUCCAGCCUGCAGCGGUUGGACCUAUCCAAUAACUUCCUGGACCAGUUGCCAGGCUCCAUUUUCGGGGACCUGACCAAUCUGACAGAGCUGCAGCUGCGCAAUAACAGCAUCAGGACCCUGGACAGAGACCUGCUGCAGCACUUGCCCCUGCUCCGCCACCUGGACCUGUCUAUCAAUGGCUUGGCUCAGCUGCCCCCAGGCGUUUUUGACGGGCUCCCGGCUCUGCGUUCCCUAUCACUGCGUUCCAACCGCCUGCAGAACCUCGAUCGGCUGACGUUUGAACCCCUAGCAAGCUUGCAGCUGUUGCAGGUUGGGGACAACCCCUGGGAGUGUGACUGUAACCUGCGUGAUUUUAAGCACUGGAUGGAAUGGUUCUCCUACCGAGGGGGUCGCCUGGACCAGCUUGCCUGCACCCUCCCCAAGGAGCUGAGGGGCAAGGACAUGCGCAUGGUCCCCAUGGAGAUGUUCAACUACUGUUCCCAGUUGGAGGAUGAGAAUAGCUCGGCUGGGCUGGACAGUUCUGGGCCACCCUGCACCAAAGCCAGCCCAGAACCUGUGAAGCCCAAGCCAGGGGCCGAGCCCGAGCCCGAGCCCAGCACAGCCUGCCCCCAGAAGCAGAGGUACCGGCCAGUGAGCGUGCGCAGGGCCAUUGGCACCGUGAUCAUCGCUGGGGUUGUCUGCGGCAUCGUCUGCAUCAUGAUGGUGGUGGCUGCCGCCUAUGGCUGCAUCUAUGCCUCCCUCAUGGCCAAGUACCACCGGGAGCUCAAGAAGCGCCAGCCCCUCAUGGGGGACCCAGAGGGCGAGCAUGAGGAGCAGAAGCAGAUCUCAUCUGUGGCAUGAGAGCCCAGCCCCACCUGGCCCAGGUAGGAAGGGCAGGGAAAGCCCAUGGGGAUUGUUGCAGGAAGAGCUGGUGUAUUCUUCUGUCACAGUCCCCAACUCCGCUUUCCUCCCAGCCCUCCAGCAAACCAGCCACAGUGUGAACUUCUAAGUGUCGCGGAAGCUGCCAUUGUGCUGAAUGCUCCUGCUGAUGCUCCUCUCUGAGCCACCACAUCCUUGGAACACCUUGGGGGUCUCCCUGAGCUUCCGGCCAUAGGGAAGAAAGAACAUGUGUGCAAGUAGAGGCUGCUGGACUGAGCACCCCUUUGCCCUUCCUGCCCUGGGUGUAGUCACAGCUAAGUGACUCUCCUUGCCUCUUGUCCAACCCCCCUUCUCUGCAUUUAAGGGCUGGGGAGGAAGCGAUACGGGGCCAGGAGCCCAUUUCCGCAACUCUCUUCUAAGCCACGAAGAUAUUCUUAACUACCCUUCAGUGAAAGUUGUGUCCGGCUUUCAAUUGCUGGUACAAUCACACCCAUUCCGCCAUCUGGACCCAGUACUUAGAAACACAAUGCUGUGAUUAUAACACACUCCCUUGGCUGAGGCCAUUAUGUCCCUAUAUCUCUUAGAUACCACGCCAACCACACUGCUCCUGGAUUCACUAACUUACUCUCACAUAAACUCAUAGCAUCACCAGCGAAAUAACAUCGAUUGAAAAAAAAUCUCACACAUACGUACACACACACACACACACACACGCACACGCACACACAUACACACAGAGUCACGUGGAGACAGAGGUCAUGAGAAUGUGGGGAGCAGAAGCAUGCCUCCUCCUUGGAUCUCUAGCUCUCAGAUCACAAGACCUUUUGCUUGCUUACUGCAAUCUUCUCAAGUCAAGAGGGGGGAGAAACCAAACUGACAGCACGGGAUGGAUGCCUUUGAGAUCCUCUAAAGUGGGCCAAAUGGAUGAGCCUGCCUGUCACCAUGGUAACCCUCUCACACCCGUCCUGCUGGGUUUUCCAGGGACACCAGCUCAGAGGCCUUGAAGCUGCAGUGCCUGUGGAGAGCACCUCCUAAGAGCCAGGUGCUGCCUGAGUUGUGUCACUGCCAGGCCCUGUGGGGACACCCACCAAUUCCACUCCUAUAGCCUGCAGCCCAAGAAUCAUUGCUCUGUACCUUUCACCCCUCCAUCUUCAGCAUCUCUGGGCCUGUCACCUCUGGUGGGGACUGGGCCAUGCUUGGUGAUUGGUGGCAUCUUGGGAAAGCAGGUGGUCUUCGCUGAGCUCACUGCCUGCCAACAUCUCCCAAAUAGACCCAGGAGCAGGGCACUCUGCUCAGAGGCUUCAGUGAUGGGGCUUCCUUUCCCAGGGUUUGGUCUGCUUAGUCUGGCUUCCCAGAGGUUUUCAUUGUUCCUGGACUGGGGUCUGAACCAGAGCAUGGGCCAGAGGUCCUGUCUGUUCUUCUGCUGGAACUUAUACCAAAGGGGCAGAGAUACUUGUUUGCAGGGCUGUGGGAGUGGCAGUGAGAAGAGGGCUAUAUAGGAUUUAAGGGUCACCAGUCUUCCUUUCUAGGUCUGCCCCUCUUCAUGCAUCUAAUCCGGGUGAGUACUAGUCUCCCUCUGCUGGACACUGGUUUUUCCAUGGCUUCCAGAAGGGUGAGAUGCAUCCGGCUGGGCUCUGGCUCUAAGGCAGGCUCUAAUUGGUGACCCAGGAAGAAGUUACCAAAAUACUGAGGCCAAGGGUCUGGGGAGGGACAGGGCAGGUCAGGGCAAGCCCAGCUCAUUUUGCAUUCCUCACCCUGCCACCUCAUAGAGGAGCUUGGUGGGGGAGGGGGUGAUGGAGGAGGAGGGUGCUUUUGAGAAGGCCAUUCUCCAGUAGGGGUACAGAGGGAGCCCCAGCAUAGGUUGCUAAAUGCCCUUCCUGAGGUGGAGGCACAGUCUUCCUUCUUCUGGCUUGCCAGCUGAAACCAGAUCUAAGGAUCCCUAAAGGGAAUGGGGGAGGGGUGGGCAUUGUCAAUGGUGGUAUCUUCAUCCUGAGACAGAAGAUUUUUAAAGGCAAAAUUAUAUUUCUGGUUUGUUGUUUCAGAAGACCAAUAAAGACUGUAUUUUCCUAUG